UUUACAAUUUAUUUGUGUCCUUUUUUUAGUUCUCUCUUUUUCGGAUGAAAAUGAGAAAAAAGUUUUCAUUUUAAUUGAAAAUCGUGUUUUGAAGUUGGUUGUUUUCUUUGAUUGAUUUCGAGGAAAAAAGGAGACCAAAAAUAGAUAAAAGAAAACAGAAGAAAGAAUAUUAGAAGAGUGAAAAAAAAAAUAAGAAAAAAAUCGAAUUAAACCGUGUUUUUUCAGUGUCGAGUUUUUUUUUUUAAUUUAAUUAUUCGAAAUUCAAGAGAAAAGUGUAAAAAAAGAGAAAAAAAUAUAUAAAUUAAAUUAAUUGAUGAGAAAAAAAAAAUAAAUAAAAAAAUAAGUUAAUUGAAAAAUAAAGUGCGGUGAAUGUGAGUGAAAAAGCAAUUAACGAACGUUUUUCAUGAAUUUUUUUCAUUUUUUUUUUUUCGUUUCUGUAUGUUUUUCUUUCUUUCUUUUUUUUUUUGUGUGUGUGUUUGCAUCUGAGAAGUGGCCCGAAUUCAAUUUGUUCAAUUAACUUUCCCAAGUAGACAGGACACAAAUAACAAAAAAAAAAAAAAAAAGGAAACGAGAAAGUGACGACAUUGAUCAAUUCAGUGGAUUAAUAAUUGUCUUCAUGCUAUAAGCUGUCUCUAUUACACAAGAUCUCUUAAAGGAUAGUUACUGAUUGGAUAUUUUAUGCAUAGUUAAAAGAAACACAUACCAACAAACACUAAAAUGACAAAAGAAGAAGAAUCCUGUUAAUUUUUACUUUGUAAGGACGGCAUUGAAAAAUUAAUUACAAAAAGGAAGGAACUUUUGACUGACAAAGAAGCAAAAAAGGACAAAAAAAAACAACCUUAACCAAAGAAUUCCCACCAUUUUAUCAUUUCCAUCAAAAAAACAAAUCUACACGGUGCACAGUUUCACUAUAACCUCCUUGGAAAUAUAACAAAAAAAUGCUAACAACAUGAUGAUAGCAUGGAACAGAAGAAGUCCUUGCGGUGGUCGUAGUAGUUGUAGUAUUAGCAGUAGUCAUUGUAGUUGGAGAACAACAACAUCGUCGUCGUCAGCAUGUACUAUAAGAGGUAGUAGUAUGUUGUGGAACAACAUUAGAGACUGCCACAGUAAUGGCCCCUCUAUUCGGGGGUCACCACAAAUUUCCCAAUUAUUUUGGCUCAUAAGGACAUCUCUGGUGAUAGUGUGUCUUUUGUUGCCUUUGCCAUCAACAACGAACAUGGAAAAGGCCUUUGUACAUUCAUCGUCGUCGUCCUCUUCAUCGUCGUUGUCGUCGUCAUCAUUAUCAUCAUCGUCGUCAGCGUCGUUAUCAUCUUCAUCGCAAUAUCCUUUGCCUCCAGAGGUGCAACAACAAAUUAUUGCGGCAACUAUGAAUGGGGGCGAUAUGAUGGGAGCUGGAACCAAUCAACAGCAUCCUGUGGCCAGUAGCAGCAUACAAUGUCCGAGUUUCGAUGAGAGCUCAGCUUGUCCCUGUUACAAAUUCGAAGAUGGUUUAUUCCUCGAAUGUCCUGGCACUACAUCAAUGUCGCUACGUACAACCCUAGAGCGAAUAACAUCACCCAUACAAUCGUUAUCAAUUUAUGAUUUCGAUCGAUCGGUCACGUCCCUAUCACAGGAUGUCUUUCAGCCCGGUGUCAAUAUAAGGCAUUUGCAAUUUUCCCAUUCACAUUUGGAGACAUUAAAGGAUAAUAGCUUAAGGAAUAUACGUGCCUCGUUGGAAUCGCUUAGCAUUGUGAAUGGCAAAUUAACACAGAUUCCAACGAGAGCCCUCAACUCAAUGCUCAAACUUACCGCAGUCGAUUUCGAUUCAAAUGAAAUCACACGAAUCGAAGAUUACAGCUUCUACGGUUUACAUUUAUCCAAAUUAAACAUGAAAGGCAAUCGGCUAGAGACAAUACCCGAAAAUGCCUUUUCCAGCCUUGAGGAGUCAAUGCAAGAAAUCGAUUUGAGUGAAAAUCGUUUACGAACAUUUCCUAUGUUAGCUUUGAGACGACUCGAUUAUCUAAGAACACUCCGCCUAUCCUAUAAUCAAAUAGCAUCGUUCCUUGGCGAUCUACCAACGGCUAUUGUGUUACCCAAUGGCACGGCAACAACACCACAAAUGCGAUUACAUUCGUUGGUUUUUCUCGAUUUGAGUUCGAAUCAAUUUACAGAAAUCACUCAGGAUUGUUUUCGAGGUUUUGCUCAGCUGAAAACGCUAUCGCUUUAUUCCAAUCAAAUUGAAUUGGUUCAUCGAGAUGCAUUUCAAUCGUUGAGAGAGUUAACGUCGUUGGAUAUGUCUCAUAAUCGAAUUAUUUCGCUAGAUUCGAAGAUUUUCGAAAGGAACAAAAAAUUACAAACGGUCGAUUUGAGUCAUAAUCAUAUUCACUCAAUUAGUGGAGUAUUUGCUGAUCUUCCUCAACUAAGAGAGGUUUUUCUCUCCGAGAACAAUGUUUUGGAGCUGCCUUGUGAUGCAUUUACGAACUCAACCAAUAUCGAUGUGAUUUAUUUGGAAUCCAAUGCUAUUGCUCAUAUUGAUCCGAAUGUCUUUAGCACACUUAUCAAUCUUGAGCAAUUGUACUUGAGGUCAAACUUUAUUCCAAGGGUACCGGUCACAAUGCUCGACAAAACACUCAACCUUGCUUCACUUUCACUCGAUGACAAUGAGAUUCAAGACCUCGAAAUCGGAAUGUUUCGGAAAUUAGAACAUCUUCGAGAGAUCCGGCUUCACAAUAACAGAAUAAGGCGCAUUCGUAAAGGGGUUUUCCAUCCUCUGCCAAGUUUACUGGAACUUCAUGUACAAAAGAACUCAAUCGAAGACAUAGAACCUGGGGCCCUGGCCACUUUGACUCAAUUGCAACAUGUCAAUCUUCAGGACAAUCAAUUGGCAGUUCUGGAAGAUAUCUUCCCCAAUGAAACCUCUGGAUCAGCCCUGCUUUCUAUUCAACUCAACACGAAUUUCUUAAACAAAAUCCAUCCCAAGACUUUUCGGAGACAAGAUCACAUCCAGAUCAUGUGGUUGAGUGAAAACCAUUUGGUAAGAAUUGACAAGACCCUGUUUGGAGACUUGAAGAAACUUGAACGGGCCUAUUUGUCCAACAAUCUAAUUCGAGACAUCGAACGGGACUCAUUCACAACCGUUAAACAUUUGAAAUUUCUUGACUUGAGUGAAAACCGUUUAAAAUCAAUUAGAAAAGAGUAUUUCUCUGCCUUGGCUGAGUUGGAAGAACUAAAUUUGUCUGUCAAUUACAUCGAAAGUAUUGAAAGUAAUUCCUUCGGAGCAAUGAAGAAGCUAAAAUUACUUGAUCUUUCAAGUAAUCCACUUAUACAAAUAUCCCGAGAUUUAUUUCUUGACGAUAUGCAUCUGACUCAUUUGAAUCUAAGAAACACCACUCUGAGAAAAAUCGAAGUUAACACCUUUCGAUCUUUGGCCAAUAUCAACGAAAUCAAUAUUGAAGAUAAUUUUUUGAGUUCAGCAGAUAUCCAAAAGCUUGAUGUCCCAAGUUUAAGAAGUUUAAAGUUAUCACGGAAUAACUUUAGUCACAUUGGAGCUGGAAGAGUCACGGCAGGAAUGUUCGACAAGCUCAGGUCACUCCAACACCUUACUUUAGCCAAUUGUAGUCUUGAAGAUGUUCCCGAACAGUUAUUCGCCAAGAAUACCAAUCUUGUCAAACUUGAUCUUUCAGAUAAUCAUUUGCAAACCAUGAAUCGAAAUAUCUUUCAGGGUCUGAAUGUUUUCAAGGAGCUUAAACUUUGUCGGAAUAACAUUUCAGAGUUUCCCCAUAUUGCUUUGUUCAAUUUGUCAACUUUGGAAACCUUGCAAUUGUCGGGAAAUCAAUUGAAUUCUAUUGAUUUCUUCAAGCUUAGUGGAACUUUAAACUUGAGGCACCUUGACUUGAAGGAUAACAAGAUCACAACUUUGACAGGAUUCAAUGCUGUCAAUUUGACACAACUUGAUCAAGUUGAUUUGAGUGGGAACUACCUUUUAUCACUUCCAGCGAACUUUUUGCAACAUUCGGUAAAUCUUCAGAGAGUCGAUCUGUCAAGUAAUAGGUUCUUACAAAUUCCCAGCUCAGCUCUCUCUGAUGCAUCACUUCCGAGACUUUCCUGGCUAAAUCUUACUGGAAACCCUAUAAACAAGAUCUACACGGUAAAGGAGGAACGGUAUCCGUACCUUAAAGAGUUAUACAUCUGCCGGACCAAUCUUAGCAUCCUAACCAGUAAAGACUUUGAAGCUUUUCAAGCCCUCCAACACCUCCAUCUAAUUGGCAAUCGGAUCAUGAGAAUUUCUCCAGGAGCCUUCAAGUCCCUGGCAAAUCUACUCACAUUGGAUCUCAGUAUUAACGAACUGGAGCUUCUUCCGAAGGAACGUCUUCAAGGCCUAAAGCUCCUGAGACACUUGAACCUCUCCCACAAUAGUCUGAGGGACUUGGAAGAAUUUAGUGCAGAUUUAUCCCAGCUUCAAAUUUGUGAUUUAACCUUUAACCAGUUGGACCGAAUAUCGAAAAAGACCUUCCGUCACCUUAAAGGACUCACCGAACUCUAUCUUAUGGGCAAUAGAAUGACAGUUCUGUCCACCGAUGCAUUUCGUUAUUUGAGGAAACUGCAAAUCCUCGAUUUACGUCGAAAUUACUUUGAAGUUGUUCCCCUGGAUGCCCUCAAACCACUUGAAACAAAUGUGCGGACAUUACGGCUAGAAGAUAAUCCACUGCAUUGCAGCUGUGACGCACAACAAUUGUGGGAAUGGUUGCGGGACCAUCGACGUUGGAGCGCCGACGAUAGUGUCAAUUAUCUAAGGUGCGAACAUCCGGGCGAAUUGCGCGGAAGGAUAUUUACGAAAAUGGAACCGCAGCAAUUCUGUGACGCCCCAUUAAUACCAAAAAUUGCCAUCCAGGACAUACAGCCUUAUUCGGUGGUGGUGUCGUGGCAGAGUCGCGAACAAUUUGGUUUGAAUGGCUAUGAGAUUGUCUACCAUGCUAUGGAUGGCGCUGAUGAGGUUCGAGCUAAACGCCUAAAUGGAACAGCAAAUUCUGCCAAACUGAUAAAAUUGGCAUCGAGUACUCGUUAUCAUAUUUGUGUGAUUGGUACAGGCAACUGGCUGACAGAAAACAUCGUUCUCGCCAUAAGCCGUUUGCACUUCAACGAAUCAAUGCUCAUCUAUCGAGACGAUCCGAUGAUGCGUGAAGACAGCAACACCAUCCUAACCGAGGGCCUUCAAGAAGUUCUCAAAAACUCACACAUCUCAACCUGCACCGAUGUCCAGACCCUUGACUCCACACCCAGUUUGGUUACAGAUGAAAAUGGACUUUCUAGCAAUGGAAUUAUCCAUUCCAUCUUAACAAGACGUCUUGGCUUAAUAGUUGGUUGUUGUCUUGGUAUUAUUGUAUUUAUUGUCAUGAUUUCAGUUUUAAGUUAUAUCAAACUGAAAAAACAACGCUUAGAAGGUUCAAAACGUCAGCAAGCACUUCCGCCCGAGUACAUUACGUAUAGGCAUUUCUCAAUUCCCAAUGAGGAAUUGAAUCGAAAUGUGAUAUCGAGUGUGCCGGGCGGAAUAAGUGCGCAUAUAAGUGGCACAAGUCUGAGCACGACAACUGCCACCACUCCGAUUACCUCGACAGGAUUGAUGGUACAACCACCAAUUCUGAAUGGGAAUGAUUUGAGUCAUCUUCAUCAUAAUCACAAUCACAAUCAUAAUAAUCAUUCAGGUUAUGUGGCUGGGGUUGUGCUGGGAGCAAAUAACCUGAGCGCUUGUUAGUAAAGCGCGAGUGUUGAUUUAUUAAUAUAUUUUAUUUUAUAUUAUUUUCCAAUUUUUUUUGUAUAAGGAAAAUAUUUUAUUUUAAACAA